AUGAUUCUCCCCGAGCCAAGUCUUGCUGCUCACAGACUGCACGCGGAGAACAGCCAGAGGUUCAGAUCCGCUGGCAGACCUCCCAAUUCCUUGCAGUCCGUCCAAACACCUUCCUCCUCGGCGGAUCCCUCCUCGUCUAUGGCAGUUUACGGCGUGUGGAAACCUGGCAGAGGAACUGUUUCCCGCGCGGCCACAUCGUCGCCUUCGAACGACGCUAGCAAUAACAGAGACUCGCACGACUUGCAGCUCUCAAUGGGCACCGGUAGAGAGUCACUGGUUGACAACCUCCUUUUGUCGUUCGACAGGUUCGGCGAUGGGCCUUUAGGGGCCUUCGAUACCUCUCCUUAUUUCUCAACUGUUGAUGAACUGGGUGACGAGGACAACCUGUCGAACUACUCCCAAACAGAUCCUGUGUCGCGUGGCAGACGCUCAAACAGCACCAGCAACCAUCAGUCGCGUAUAGGCAACUUCUCAGGCACAAGCAAUGCUGGCCAGACGAAUAGGCGAGUCGGCUCUUUUGAUAAUGGAGCUGAUGGCUUCGGUGCCGGAUACGACUUCGGGAGGGAGUUGCGCUCUCGAGGCUGUGGACUGGGCACGUCGCAUGGGUAUACAAACGCUGCAGCUUACGAUACUUAUGAUGCGGCGCCUCCUCCUUCCAUAAGGAGUGGACCCAGGAACCGAACACCUUCUCCACCAAGAUCUCCCCGUCUUGUGCGACGCCCAUCCAACAAGUCUGCAAAGAGUUUAAGGAGAGACCAGCAGCACCAGUUCAAUCCUCAAUCCGACAACCCCAUCACUCUUCCUCCCUUACCAGCCUUCGUGACCCCGGCGACGAUUGCUGCACCCAUGAGCCCCUCCAACAACAAGAGCAGUGGCCGUCCCGGAUUUUUUAGGCGUGUCUUUGGCGUUGGAGGAGGAAGUGGGAAUAACGGCAGUUCGAGCAAAUCAAACGCUGCCAACCUAACCGGCCGGGAAACAACAAACACGGGCGCCAAUUCACAGUCUUCCGGUUCCCCGCAGUCAACCAUCAACAAAAAACCAUCGUUCUUUAGGCGCCGGAAGAAAUCUGUCUCGGAUGCAAUAUCGCAACCCGUUGCCCCUCUGCCAUUGCGCUCUACGGAGCCACUUUUGGUUGAAAACUCCCACCCGAGCCCGGCGACCUCUCUGGGCACUGCAAUGAACCCCUAUCUUCGGUCACCCGUGAAGUCUCCGGGCUUCGACCUGGAUGAGUAUAAUGAAUCGGCAUAUCUUCAGAGAGGAGCAACCAUCCGGACAGUAGCUUCGUCGGACCCUAUAUCACCCAAGCGCCCGACUUUCUUUGGGGAAAGCAUGCGGCACAGGGAUAGCGGUAGUCAUUUCAACGACGAUUAUAGUGGCACGGGAAAUGUGUACAGGAAGGAAACAAGAUAUGCAAGGGGGAACGGGAAUGCAGAUCGCAGCCCCAGAACGAGGGAUGACUGGGAUAGGCCUCAAACCAGUCCUUAUUCCCCAAAUAAACAGAGCUUUUUGCAGGAUAACGAAGAAAAGGAAAUGCGGUGGCCCCCACUGGCAACAAAGUCGAUUUUGUCAACCAGGCGGAGUGUUGGUAAUGUCGCACUCGAGCGGGAGCGGCAGGCGUCGAUUGCAUCGAGUCUCGAUAAGCCCAGACAAGGGUCCGUGGUAGCUAAAGAACAACCCAUAGCUACGGUGCAAGAAAUCGAGGCUCAUCAUGCAAAGCUUGAAAGGCUGCAGAGAGAAGCACGUGCAGAGAAGGCACUUGAGGUUGAUACAAAAAAAUUAGAAAAUGGGGGGGGUAAGGAAGCUGAAGCGUCAUGGCUCAGCACAGUCACACCCGCUACCACCGGGACACCUACGGUCAUGCUGCAGAGGGAUGGUCCAGGUGAAAAGGCCGAACCCUUGCGGGAAGAGGACCCAGACAAUGAGGAACCUUCGGAGGAGGAACGUGAGACGGCUAGGAGGGUAUUCGAAGGUGAUGAGGAAAUAAUUGCCAAGGGAAGGGUCACGGGCUGGCUAGGUGAAACGUAAGUAUUCUUGAUUUAUGCUUUCCGGGUGAUUACUACUGACUGGCCCACCAUUUUAGUGGAGCAUCUGGGACGAGGAUCCGCAAGGCUUAUAUGGAGUUGUUCGAUUGGUCAGGGAUUAAUAUAUUGUCCACUCUGCGAAUCUUCUGUGGACGCCUUGUUUUUAAGGGCGAGACACAGCAAGUUGACAGGAUAAUGGAUGCGAUCGCAAAGCGGUGGUGUGAAUGCAAUCCUCGCCAUGGAUUCAGACUGAUAGGUAUAUUGGGUUAUAACUACAUGAUAUCGAACUGAACACGAGUGCUAAUUUUGUCCCAGAUGUUGUUUUCACGAUUCUCUAUUCCCUGCUCUUGCUCAACACAGAUCUACACAUAGCCGAUAUCCCCCAGUCCCAGAAGAUGACAAGGACCCAAUUCAUCAAAAAUACCAUGAGCAGUAUCCGGAGGAUUGUUGCUGAGGCCCCAGUGGGAUCGAAACCCGUUCAUCACAAUACAUUCCCCCCAAGGUCGCAGACACCCUUUCGCCCAUGCGAUGACGAUGAUGGCCCCGGAAUUAGCGCACCACCUUCCGCGACAUUCCCCUUGGCCGUCAGAGAGAGGAAAAUGAGCGAAUCUCGCACCUCUUUGGACCUCGCCAGGGGCACAAAGAACUCUAGCAAAGCGAGUGGAAUUGGAAAUUUGAGUCCUAAGGGAGCUGGUGACGCGGGCGAAAAGACGGAUCAUGAUAUGGGUGGUGGGCUUGCUUUAGUCAAAGCGCCACUUGGCGGUGGUGGUGGAAUCCGAGCCUGGGAGACCCAGAUUGAGAGUGUGCUGAAAGACUUUUACACGUCGGUCAAGGCAUCUGCACUCCCCCUUCAUGGCACACCCCAGGAAAAGGCUGUUGAGGCGCCUCAUCACAGCUCACUUUCGGUUUUUGGCUCCAACGUUCUGCGGCGAUCGCCGAGCACUGUUAGCAGGGCCCCCUCAGAGCUUAGUGUCUCUGCUCGCAAUAAUCGUGACAGCAAACUAGGCGCAAAGUGGACGGCCAAGGAUCGGUCUCGGCCCAGACUCUACAAUGGCUCGUAUGCGGGCUCCAGUCGGACUAGUCUCGAGGACCGAUCGAUGUGGAGCCCCUCCGCAUCCAGCACCUGGAGCAAAUACUCCCUUGACAAGACCCAGACUUCUAUGUCUGUUGAUUCGCUGGGCUCAGCAUUUACACAUGCCGACUAUGCACAAUCUAUUGGGUUUGCAAACGCUUUGAGCCAUGCUAUCAUCCGAGAGGAGGCAGCAAGCGGGACCUCAGCCGAUGACAGAGAGUCUACCUUGCUCGAGUAUGAUGAAUUGGAACUUGCGGGAGCGCCUUGGGCGAAGGAAGGGAUGCUGAAGCACAAACACCAUCUCGAAAGCAUGGACAAAAAGGCCAAGAACAGGGGUUGGACCGAAUGCUUUGCGGUGAUUGAGAGGGGAUGGAUGAGGCUUUUCCAAUUCAACCAGUCCGGGAAGAGUAAGGAUGCUGUGGUUGGAGUUGUUGGGGGCGGUAAUUGGACCGAGAACGCAGAUGCCAUCGGUUCUUUCCUUUUGCGGCAGACCAUCGCAUCAGCACUUCCACCACCCGGCUAUUCGAAGGCAAGGCCUAACGUCUGGGCCUUGUCACUUCCCUCUGGUGCUGUUCAUUUCUUCGAGGUUGGCACGGCGGAGAUUGUCAAGGAAUUUGUCUCUACAGCCAACUAUUGGGCAGCUAGACUCUCAAAGGAGCCUUUGAUCGGUGGUGUCAGUAACGUGGAGUAUGGCUGGAGUGACAACGUUCUUGGCGAGAUUGGCCCUCGCUUAACCUCAAGUGUCUCCAACACCCAUGAAUCAAGGCCUAGCCUGCAGAUUUCCAUUAGGAGCAGUCUUGACCACGGGACUGUGGUCAGACCAAGAUUGCCAGGUGACCGGGUGAACAUUACGGAUUGGGCACCUCCAAGUCAGAGCAUGGUCGCCAGCUCAUUAGGCGAGGCCGACCAGCUAAGGGCUUUGGAAACAUAUGUUGCCAACAUCGAGGCGGAACUUGCCAGGCACAAUGACUUGAGGCCUACUAUGGUCCUAACUGUAAGUCCUAGCUCUUCCUUCUUUCAAGGGUUUCAAUGCUAACAAUCAUCAGUUCUCCCCACGUCACCCAAAUUCUUCAAGGGCGAUGAAUAAUUGGGAAAAGAAGUCUAGCUACCUACUGAGGGAAAUCAUCAAGUUCAGGACAUACAUCGAGUGCUUGUCGUCUGCCAUCCAAUUACGAGGGCAGCUUCGAUCAGGCGAAACUGGAGUGAUGGUUGGUAGCGAUAAUGGGAGCAGAAGCCCCACAUCCGUAUAAAUUGCACGAACUCGAAUGAAUGUUUAAGCUUCGGGCUUUUUUUUUUUUUUUUUUUUGCUUUCCCCUUUAAUACACGCCUUUGCCUAUAUUCCAUCUUGGAUUUGCACGCGCGUUGUCACAAUAUCAGGCGGAGUGGGUGCAGUUGACCGGCGGACAGCUCUUUUAGCGAAGACUAUCAUUGUUUCCUUUUGCGGCUUUUUCAUUUUCAGCGUUUCUGUCCGUUGGGUUUCAUCCAACUCCGCCCACCCGUUUUCUCACGAUUUCGAUGCCCAUGAUGAAAUCGCUGCUUUUGAGCGUUCCUUUUGGCGUUUUUUUUUUUUGUGCUUUUCGCUCUGAUACCUGCGUUCGUAUUUCUUUUUUUAUUACAACUUUGUGGUGAGCUACCCGUAGUCUAGCUCGAGUGGUUGGCUGUUUAAUGCAAAGGAUUGGGGCGGAGACUUGGUUUCCUUCCCUCCUUUCCCUUGAGGCAUGCAUACAUACUUACAUUUAAUGCGUCAUGUCUUACGAGGAGGUCUCUGUUUCUUUCUUUCUUUCUUUCUUUCUUCCUUUCUUGCGCUCUCCCUCCCCUCCGGCGGGUGGGAAACGUACCGCUGCGACGGAUUUUCCUUCUCUUUUGGGGUUGGGGUGGGAGCGAGAGGUACGGUAGAUGCUCACAAAAGCUCCGCCCGAGUUGGUAUGGUAUGAAACUUGGCGGAGCUUAUUAGGUUAAUGUCGCGGAGGAAGGAAGGAGGAUACUAUAGUUAUCAUGGACAAAACUAAAAGCAUUGAUAACUUUGAUAGUGGACGCGC